CAAAUAUGAAGAAUGCUCAAAACUUUGCUUCCUCUUGCCGUAGUUCGUUUUUUGCGCUUUGCUCAUUUCGUUUGUAUUCUUGGAAUAAGUCGCCGGUCGCUUCGCUCGCUUUGCUAAGUAUUUUGACAAAUAAAUACCUAAAGUUCAUAAAUAUAAAGCACGUGUAACUAGCCAUGGAAUACACCAAACUGCCUCCACAACCGCCGCCGUACUCACCUGAGCAGCCCGACAUGAGGGCAGCCCCGAGUGCUCCGCCAACCGAAAUGAUUCAUACAGCACCAAUGUAUAACCCGCCGGUCACCGUGGUAAACCAAGCCCCCCCGAUCACCAUAUUGAACCAAACCAGCACUGUUCUUAUCGAUAACAACUCGGGCAAUGGCAUGAUUUGUCCCCAUUGCCAUGCUCGGAUUCGCAUGCGUGUGGAGCACCAUGCAACAUGCACCACCUAUAUGUGGUCCGCUAUACUCUGCCUCUUUCUCUGCUGGCCGUGCGUCUGUUUGCCCUGCUGCUGCGAUUGCGGCUAUAGAACCAGCCAAUACUGCCCGAAUUGUAAGGCCUGCCUGGGCAGAUUCUAGGACUGGAAACUGCAGAGCUCAUCCAAAAAUACAACGAAAACACGUACAUUCAUAUCUGUACAUGCCAAUAAGCAUAUAAACUCUAACCACACAAGCACAUAUAUAUGCCGAUAUAUUUCAUA